CAACGACUCUCUGGCCUUCGCCAUGUAACACAUUAAAGAGUCCAAUCGAACAACUGCAUAAUGCACAUUCCUUAGCCAAAAGCCGAACAAGAAUAAAUUUGGCUGAUCCACGAAAUUCUAGUCAAUUAAUAGCGUCUGGGAGUGCGGACCGAUCUCUCCAAAAGAUGACCACUCAAGACCUAGAGCCCAUGUUCGACAGGGCCGCCAGACAGUUCAACAGCAACCUCAAAGCCCUAGACGAAGACGUACUUGGUUUGGAAGAAUGGCUGAACACGCAACCGCACCUCCCGAAACUGUUUGACAAAAACUGUCUUCGGAAUUUUCUAAUCCUCAACAAGUGCAGUAUCGAAAUAGCCAAGCAGAAGAUCGACAACUAUUUUUCCAUUCGGGCAAAAUUGCCCGAAAUAGCCCUCGGGAUAAACCCGAAGCUGCCCUACCACAGGACGUUCAACGAGGCGGCAUUCCUGGUCGAACACCCCCAGCUCACCGACGAAAUGUACAGACUUACGUUCUUCCAAGUGAAAGGAGAAAGCCUACCAGAGUCUUACGAGCCCAUCAACUUUGUCAAAAAAUUCCACACGAUCCAAGAAAUGCGGAUGAGGGACGGCGUUAUGUGUGGGGACGUUGUGGUCGUUGAUUACCGAGGGUUCCCGUUGAGCAUCGCCCUUAAAGUCACACCGAUGCUGGUGUACAAAACCCUGUUAUUGUAUGAACGAAUUCUAUCUGCGCGUCUCAAAGCCGUCCACUCUAUUAACACGGCACCAUACAUUAUGAACAUCGUUCGUGCUUUAAAAAGUGUUAUCAAACCAAAAGUGUUCGAGAGACUACAUUUUCACCCGGACCUGGAUAGCUUGAAGAAAGUCAUUCGUCCGGAUUUACUUCCUGUUGACUUUGGUGGCGAAGGAUUAUCUCUGCAAGAACUAGAAGAUGCACUAGAAGAAAAAUACAGGAAGAACCAAGACCUGUUUGACCGUAUUGAUAAAAUUAAAGUGGAUGAGAGCCUUCGCCCUCAGAAACUGGAGGAUAGUGACUUUUUAGGUUUCUAUGGUAACUUUAAAAAGCUCGAAAUCGAUUAAUAGUCUCGGUAGAUGAUACUUUAUGUAUGGAUUUCUCUAGGGUUUAGUUAGAUGUAUUAGUUACACAUAAUUUAGAUGGAGUAUUUGGUUAUACGUAUAUCUACCCGUAGGUGUAAGGUAAAAUCAAUAUAAAAUUCGAGU